GACUCCAAUGGCUGCUGACAGAUUGGAGUGAUAGAAUAACACCAUAAUGACAAACGUUUUAGGUGUAGACAAGAUCCAGGAUUCCCUUGGCUAUCUUGUUCUUACUGAUGAUGGUGCGGUACUUAGUUCAGGAGGAGAACUGCAGAAUGCAGAGUCCAUUGCAGAGAAAAUGACAAAGCUUGUGUACACUGCAUCCAAGAUACAAGUGACAUCAGAUAAACGAGAAGUCUUCAAAAGGAUUUCAGUGAUCUGGGAUAGUUUUAUGUAUGUGGUGACAGUAGCUAAUCAUCGAAUCUACGUGUGUAAGCGACCGUACAUGCCACAGGAACCUGUAGUCACAUAGUGUCAAAAAAAAAACCCAGGAACUUUUUAAGUCCCAAAGUGACAAUGGAACCCAAAAUUACAACAUUGCCAUAUUAUAGGAGCUGGCAGUAACAAUGAUGACAAAGGAAGCAGUCACAGUGAUGGCAUAGGAAAUAGUCAGUGUGAUGACACAGGGAGUAGUCACAGUGAUGACACAGGAAAUAGUCACUGUGGUGACAUAGAAAAUAGUCACAGACAUGACACAGGGAUUAGUCACUGUGAUGACACAGGGAGUAGUCACUGUGAUGACACAGGGAGUAGUCACAGUGAUGACACAGGGAGUAGUCACAGUGUCAACCUAUCUCAAGUUCUGACAAACAAGAUUUACAGGCAUUUCCUUCAGAGAGAUAUCAACUGAAACAUUUUGUUCUGAUUCUGACAUCAUACUUCAAAUAUUUUUUAAACUGCACUUGUGAGCCAAAUUUUUAAAAUUCUAUCUGUGACAUUGGUAACUUGUUUACAUGAAACACUGCUGUUUUGACUCUUAGGCAGUAUCAGUGAAACCUAAUCUGUUGGCUGUACAGGCAAUAUUCAUAAAACAAAUAUCUGUUUCAAGUAAAUAAAAAAUAGACAUUUCUGUGACUGCUUGUGUGGAUGUGAAAUUGAAAUUAGACACCAGCAUGUGCAUUUAGACAGGAUGGCAGGAUGUAAAUUAACGAGACAAUUUUUUGUUGUAAGAAAGAUGGUAUGUGUGAAUCAUAUGAAAGAAUGUUGAUACAUACAGAUAGGAAUAUUUAAAAUGUGCUGAAAUGUUUCCAUAUUAAAAUGUGAUUUAUUGGU